AUGCCCAAAAAUAAAUUAUUUGACGAUGAUUCCGAGGAAGAAGUGAAUCUUAAAACCGAAAACGAGUAUGCAAAGAAAUAUGAUAGGUGGCGAGAGAAAGAAGAACUCCAUAAACUGGAGCAAAAGUAUGGCUCAAAGCCAUCUACUUCGGAUGCGUCUGGCUCGGACAGCGAAGAAGAGAGUGAUGAGCCCCCAGAUAUCUCUGAAGAAGUUGAAACACAAUUUUUAAAAACCUUAUCCUUGUUAAAAACUAAAGAUCCCAGAAUUUACGACUCCAAUUACAAGUUUUUCAAUGAAAAACUUGAAAAAAGGUUAGUCAAAAAAAAUAUUUUAUAUAAUAUAUGUUUAAACAAAGAAAAAUCUACAGAAGUGAAGAAAGUUACAUUUACUGAUAGUGAUGAUGACGAUGAUGACCCAAAUAUUUUCACCAUUGAGAAGAAAGCCGAAAUAGAUAAUUCAACUACAAAGCACACUGAGGAUCGAAAAUUAAAAGAUUACUUAAUAGGGAAAGUGGAUCAUAUAGAUCAAGAUGUUGAGAAGGAUUUAGCACCAUUAAAAUCUUUAUGGUCUGAUCCAAAAUUGAAUGAUGGGGAAGCGUUUCUUAGAGAUUAUAUUUUGAAUAAAAGAUAUCUGGAUGAAGAUGCCUCUCAGUUAGCAGAACAGAAAGUCCGUGACGAUGAAGAUCUAGAAGCUGAUGAAAAAACUGUUGAGGAACAGGGUAAAUUUGAAAGGGCUUACAACUUUAGGUUUGAAGAGCCAGAUGAUGAGUAUUUAAAACGUUAUCCAAGAACAAUGAAUUAUAUCCGACCUAAAGAUGAUCGCCGAUCUCGCAAGAGAGCAGAGAUUCGCGAGAGGAAAGAACAAGAGAAGACAAAGAAGAUGGAAGAAAUUGCGCGACUUAAAUCCCUUAAACUAAAAGAGAUACAGGAGAAGAUUGCUAAAAUUAAGGAGGUUACUGGAAAUGAGGAGUUAGCUUUUGAGGAGGCGGAUAUAGAAGGUGACUUUGACCCAGAAGAACAUGACAGACGGAUGAAAGCAAUAUUUGACGAGGAAUACUAUGGAGAGGCUGAUGAUCAAAAACCUGUUUUUCCUGAUCUGGAUGAUGAAUUAGAAAUUGAAAACUGGGAGAAGUUCAAUGAACAUCAAGACAAUGAAAAUAUUCCUGAUGGUGAAGCAGCUCACUGUGAAGAUGAAGAUUUUAAUAUGGAUGCAGAUUAUAAUCCAAAAGCAAUGAAAGAAAACCUUGUAGAGGAAUUAAAACGUAAUCAAAAUAAGAAGCGAAGAAAUCGAAAGCGGAAAUCGAAGCUUGCUGAAAUAUUAGCCCAAGAGAAACCUAAGUUUGCACCACAAGAGGAAAAAAGCUAUGCUGAAUAUAUGGAAGAAUAUUAUAAGAUGGAUUGCGAGGAUAUCAUUGCAGAUCUUCCCACCAGGUUUAAAUACAGAGAAGUUGUGCCCAAUGAUUAUGGCCUCACCGUUGAGGAGAUCCUCUUAGCAGACGAUAAGGAAUUAACACAAUGGGUACCAUUAAAGAAGAUUGUAAGAUAUCGACCAGAGAAUAUAGAGAAAAGUGAAGUUAACACAUACAAGCAGAAAGCUGCUGAUGAGCGACUCAAAAAGAAAAUUCUACCCAGCCUUUUCAAGGAUUUACCAGAUGAGCCAGAAAUAGUGGUACCCCUUGAAGAAACCAUCUUGAAAAAGAAAAAGAACAAGAAAAAGAAAAGUCAUAAGACCCAAGAGCCAGUUCCUGAAAAUAAUGAUGAAUGUAGCAAAGAAACAAUUACAAAUGAAAAGGAUAGCCCUAAAAAGAAAAAGAAGAAAAGUAAGAGAAACAAAGCCAUGGAUUCUACAAGUGAAGUUAAUACUAAUGAACAAAGCACUUCAAAUAAUCAAGAAUCAUGCUCAAAUAAUGAAAAGAAAACAAUAAGCAAAGCUAAAGAAGAAAAUAAGCUAGUGCACAGUAAUACAGACGAAGAAAACAAAGAGGAAAACAAACUUCACAGUAGGAAAAAUAAACAUAAAAUGGAUAAUAGCACAAUUACCAACAUUGCUAGUGAAACUAAGAAAUCAUCAAUUAAUAAUAAUGAUGCCCCGUGUGCGACUGAGCUCGCCAUAAUGGUGAACAAUCGCGUGCCAUCAGUCUUUUCCAAGACGUACGUGACGCCUCGUCGUCCGUUCGAGAAGGCCCGACUCGACCAGGAGUUGAAGAUAAUCGGUGAAUAUGGUUUGAGGAACAAGCGUGAAGUAUGGAGGGUCAAAUACACCCUUGCCAGGAUCCGUAAGGCUGCUCGUGAGCUGCUUACUUUGGAAGAGAAGGAUCCCAAGAGGCUCUUUGAGGGUAAUGCACUGCUGCGUCGUCUUGUCAGAAUUGGUGUACUGGAUGAGAAGCAGAUGAAACUCGAUUAUGUGCUCGGUCUGAAGAUUGAAGACUUCUUGGAACGUAGGCUGCAGACACAAGUGUUCAAGGCUGGUCUCGCUAAGUCUAUCCAUCAUGCUAGGAUCCUUAUUAGACAGAGACACAUUCGGGUUCGCAAGCAAGUCGUGAACAUCCCAUCAUUUAUUGUUCGUUUGGACUCUGGUAAGCACAUUGACUUCUCCCUCAAGUCACCAUUUGGUGGUGGCCGUCCCGGACGUGUCAAGAGGAAGAACUUGCGUAAGGGACAAGGCGGUGGUGCUGCUAAUGAUGAAGAAGAAGAUUAA